GAAAGUUUAGACCCCGCAUUCCACGUUGUUGGAUGGGCCAGCGACGGCCGCGGCUGGGAGAUGCGUGCGUGCGUGCGUGUGUGCGAGCCUGCGACGUGCGGUGACUGACGGAAAUAAAGUGCGUUUCGUGUCCGCCAGGUGUGGCGCGGCCCCGUGUGUUUUCAAGUCCGAGGCGUGACCGGACAAGGAGAAGGGAAAUAAAAAAAAUCACAACUCGGUGUCAAAGUGAAAUGAAGAUUACAACGGAGAAGAAGACGCUGUGUAUUUAUACGGAUUCCGAAACCACCUACUCCGUCGACAAGAUGGAGUGCGAGCUGAAGGGACUGCGGCGCGAGCUGGACGGCACCAAGCAGGCGCUGCGCCUGCAGACGGUGCGCUGCCGCCAGCUGGUGGCCGCCUUCACCGCCAAGCUGCAGGAGAAGGAGGCCGAGGUGCGCGCCGGCCGCCUGCUGCGGGACCGCCAGCUGUCACAGCUGCUGCGGGCGCUGCUGGCGCUGGAGGCGCGCCUGCGCCGGGAGCAGCGCUCCAUCCGCGAGCAGCUGGCGCGCAAGGACGCGCUCGUGCGCACGCAGCACCGCGAGAUCGCGCGCCUGCGGCACCGGCUGCGCGGCGAGAAGAUCUCCGAGGAGCGGCCCGAGGACUGCGACGACGAGGCCGAGGUGCGCGACCCGGCCGCCGGCCCCGGCAGGUUCAAGAAGAACCAGGCCAAGGCGCACCCGCGCAGGAUGUUCAAGCCCGCGGCGAAGGGCGACAGGCACGACGCCGAACAGCUGGAGAAGUACCAGGAGCUCGAGCGCCUGGCGAGCACCUUGAAGGAAGAGCUGGACGGCCAGACGGAGGACGACAUCGGCCCGGACCAGGAAGAAGUGGCGAGGGACCUCUACAAGGAUUACCAGCACAACCCUGUCUUGGAAUGCGUCAACCAGAUCCUCCUGCGCGACAAAGACGACGCGGAGAGCACUGAGGAGGAGAGCAAAUCCAACGUCUCGGUAAACUCGCACUACAGAGACCACGGGCCGACAGCCACCGCGCCGAGCAAAGCUUCCGAAGACAGCAAGCAGACCAAAGAUAAAGCAGCUUCCCCGCCACUCCAGGCCCAAAAACUGGAAGAGAAGGCGUGCUUGCUGAUGUCAUCCCAAAGGUUGACCGUGGUGAGACAUCCCGAGCUGGAAGAACUGGAUGCGAAAAACGGAGCAGCUCACCAGGUCAGGAGCUCUGUUCCUCCGGCUCUUCCGCCGAAACCGCCGCAGCUGGGCAGCAAGAGCUUGUACCUGCACCAGAAGAAGAUGCAGGCCUCUCACGCCCAGUUCGGGCAGCACUCACAUCCCUCCUCCGAACUCACCUCUGACAAGCUGAAGACGAGUGAUAGCGGGCAGAAGACAGGCUCUCAACAAAACGUGUUCAGUAGUCACUGCCACGAUCCUCAGCCAUUCCCGAACAGUUCUCACGUGCACAACGAAAAGCCACGCCAAAGACAGAUUCUGAGCAAUGGAAGUUUGAAACGCGCCUUGAAUCAAGAAAACACCCCACAUGUAUUGGUAAACGGUUUUCACCAAAAUUCCUCGGAAGAAAAUGACGAUUCCUCGCCUGUGAGAAGGUUCAAGGAGAAACUGGACAGUUUGAACUUAUCGAACUUCACCAAAGAUUCGCCAACGCAAGCUCCGGCGCUCCAGUUUGUUUCCGCAGCGCCACCAUCGCCCCACAAACAUGUCACGUCCGAACAGGGCAUGUGCGGGGCGAUAAAGGUCGGGUCUUCGGUGUCGUCCCUUAUCACGGGGUCUCUGGGAGGAAGCAUAGUGACGGAGUUGACCCAGGGCAAGGUCCCCCACGUGCCUUUGCUGGUGCGCCGGUUCGAAGAAGGCUCGAAGGAAGCGUUGCAGGGGAAUUUCGAGGAGUUCAGGCUGGAGGACGUGGAGAUGGAAGGGAAGAAAGACGGGGACAAGGACAAGAGCAGGCCCGAGGCGGACGGGGCCGAGACGAAGGGCGACCACUUGCACUCGGCCACCGGCGCGAACUACGAGACCUUCCUGGAGGCCACGGGCCUGAGCCAGAAGUCGAUCCUCACGCCCAGCCGCAUGCUGAGCAACCACAGGAGCGUGAUCAAGCCCAAGGACGUGAAGCACCGCAGCCGGGUGCUCCGCGCCCAGACCGCGGUGAGCGCCGCGCCGGCGGGCGGCGGGCCCGUCGUCAAGUACUGGAUGGAGCCGUUCCUGUGAGGUCCGCGCGAGUUUCACACGGUGUCUCGCGCGAACACAUCUACCACGAACAACUAGAGACCGGAAAAAUUCGCGAGUUCAUAUCGCGAUAGGCUAAAAAUACAAAUAGUUAUACCUCAGUGCUGCCUCUGCUAUUGGUCUCACAACUCAACCUGGAUGACUCUGGGCCAAUGAGAAACACCCAACCAAAGCUUCAUCGAAUCACAAGCUGCUACGUCGGGACGUCUCCACAAGACAGCAACCAAUGAGUGGGUGACAUUUGAACCGAGUGUACGCAGAACAAUGGAGUUCAUCUAUACAGGUCAUUGAACCCGCGAAUUUUUUCCGGUCCCUACGAAUAACAUUUCAAAAAUACAUUGUAGUAACUUUCAGAAUUCAUUUAGUUGUUCGAAUAGUCACACGAGUGUAAAAUAUUAUUUACUGAAGAUAUUCGUGAUAGUUCUUUAUGUUCUAAAUUUAAAUAUUUGGUAUCCGUGCAGUAUUUAAGAAAAAACAAUUCGUACCCAUGGAAAAAAAUUAAUACUUUCUGAGACUGGAGUAAUUAUAGAUAAAGUGCUGUCGAUGAUUGUGGUCAAGAUAUAUGUAAAGCUAUGUACAUUUUAUUAUUAACUUCUGUUUUUUCCACUAUAAAUAGUUCUCUACGUUUAUGUAUAAUUGCUUUUUUUUUUUUUUUUUUUUUUUUUUUUUUUUUUUUUUUUUGUUAUUUAUGCUGGUCACCAGGAAUGAGCUUCUGUUUGAACUGUAGGGGUCGGCACGCUUAGAAUUUCAGUUAUACUUUUUUUAAACUGCCAGUCUGCAUUAAAACCGCUCAUAAAUGGUAACGUAUGCAACUAAGUUGUUAUAAAUCACACACAUAAAAAAUCAACUUUGUUUUGUUAAUAUAGGCAAUUUUACUCUGGUUAGUCACGUGGUAAAUUUUCAUCCUCAAUUAAUUAGAUUAUUUAAAAUCCUUAAAGCAAGUUCUGAAACUAACUAUAGCUGAAGGACCCCUGAAAUAUACUUUGUACCAAUUUUCAAACUGUGAACUCUGUAGUGUGUUAUUACUUCCUCGCUGCCCACUGUUUCUUUCAAGUUACCUUUGUGUUGUUUCUUGCCUGUUUUUUCUCGUUGCCUGUUAUGUGCUUCGUCUGAAAACGACGUGGUUCACAGUAACAACAAAACGCGGAUAAUACAGCGGUGCAAAUAUGGAUAAUUGCAUUGUUGUGUUUGGAUGUGUAAGAGAGAUGUGCAUUGUACUAGGUAAUUUUGGCUUUCAUUUUUAUGUUUUGUUUCUGGUAUUUAUUAUAAAACAACAACACUGUAUAAUUUACCUCGAUAUUAUAUUAUUAAAGUUAACCUGAAACCCCAAAAGCAAAAUUUUAAGUAGACUUUUCAGUUUUGUGCUUAGUUAUUGAGAUAUUUUUAUAAUAAAUUAUAAGAGAGGAACGAAGUGAUGUUACCUAUGAAUUUAAAUGUGCAAUGUGUUUUUAUUUAACGUUAUAUAAAAAUAGUUAUGUUAGAGCGGGUACAGUAUCGCUCUGUAAAAUAAUUUUCUGGAAAUUGUUAGCAAAUCGUAGCGUAAUAAAGUUGUGACUGUUAGACGAAAUUGUUUUAAUGAAUAUCACUUAUUAUGCAGAUGUGAAACACAACAUGAAAUAAAGAGAGAGAAAAACAAUGUUUUUUUUUGUGUUAUACUGUAUUACAGAAAAUUUGUGCGUAUGUAAUAAAUGAGCACUACACAUUUUA